AUGGUCCUGAUCGGUGCAGCUAUUAAAUGUGUCUUCAAGUAUCUCAAAAAGAACACAGCAAAGGACGGCGACUCCUGGUCCAUUCACUACACUACCCAGAAACCCCAGCAGGGUCUGCUCUUCAUCCCUGCAAAACGGCAACACAGUAGCGCCGAGGACUUGCAAGCCUCUAGCAGAGUGACUCAGCAUGGAGACAGCAAAGCUACCACCUCUCUGCUCUGCACCCCAGGCCCCACCUCCUGCGCAUCCCCGGGACUCCGGCAGCCAGAGGGCAAUGUGCACAGGCGAUGGAGAGACAAAAGCAGGAAGGGGUCCUCAGCCUCGUCGGAUGAAGAUGAAGCGGUCAACCUCAACGACAUACGUCCUCUGACCCCACUCGUCCUCAACCCAAUCGAGCUCACCUCCUGUUGGGACCUCUUUGCAUGUGAGACGGAGCUCAGUGUGAAGGCAGAGUCGAUCCCCCGACUCCCAACGCCGGAAGAGAAGAUGAGGCAACAGGCAGACACUGUCACAGCUGAAAUCAUUCCUAUCAACAUAACAGGUCAGAGUUUUGAUCGGCAAGCCAGCUUCCGAAAAGUGGCUUGCAACGCAGAUUCCUUAUCCCGCCGCCAUUGCAAUCCAACUCGCUGCAUGACAGGCACUGGAAACCUUGUCGGUGUCGUUCAUCAACAGGGUACAGAUUCACCUGCGGAUCAGUGCUUUACUGCAUCUUCACAUGGCCAACUGGAAGAGGAGGAGUCGGUCAUGAAGAAGGGAGAGUCGCUGAUGAGGAAGAUCCGAGCACCGAGAGGGGAGGGGAUAUCCAGCCUCAUGACGUCCCUUACCUCACCACGUUUCUCCUGCCCCUCUGAUGUCCAGAGCCUGCCCCGCAUGAUCAACAGCUCCUCUCUGGACUCGGACGCCAGCUAUAACAGUGUCUCCUACAGGACACUCAGCGGCUCGUCAUCCUGUUCCCAGGAUUUGCCCAGUGAUCUUCAGCCCCUGCUGCCCUCUCAGUGUCCUUCCCCUUCUCAUCUCAGCACCUCUCCCUGUCCUCGGAAGUGGGGAAGGACUUGCUCGUGUGAUCACGUUGGCCCAUCUCAAAACUGCCCUCAAUACCACUCCCCUUCCAUUUUAAUAGCAGAUGCAGAGUCUCUGGAUGGGAGGUCAACCCUUUCGCGCUGCCAGAGCCAUUGUUCCCUCCAGCCCCCGUGUUGCACUGGAGACACCUGGAGCCCCAUCAACCAAGAGAUUUCUUCUGCUCGCUGCUCCCCUUGUAACUUUGGCUCAGUGGACUCAGAUGUGACCUUGUCUUCCUCACAAAGUCAAACUAGCUUGUCCAGCACCUCCUCCUGCCGUAGCUUCUCCCUCCGCAAGCCCAAACGUCCGCCUCCGCCACCUUUGCGCUCCGACUCCCUCCGGCGUCGAAGAAGCCGCAGCAAGUCAUGUCGUUCGACAUGCAGCCUUAGUGUGGAGCGUAGUCCUGGCGUACUAACGCCACCCUUGCAAGAUCCCUGGGUGCCUCGGAACCAUCCCAAACAACGGCAGAGUGGGAUCGACAAUGGAACAAUCGCUAUCUUUGAACCUUUUGGUGUGGACCAACAGGCAGCUUCAUCCAACAAUCUCCGUCCAAGCCCUGGCAGCACUCUUGGCUUCAGCCCUGGUUCUUUGGUCUCAAAAGAGGCGGCCCGACUAGAGUGUCUCACUUCCCCCUCCAGUGGUUACUCCAGCCCGUCCAAUACCUCGCUGAUGGGCACCCCGCCAGGAGCCUUCGCUCUUUCUCAACCCCCCCCUUUCUUCUACCAUUGUGCAACCUCCCUCCCCCUGUCUCCCAAAAAAUCUAAAUCCCACCCUCCAGGGAGAAGGUCCUCUCUCCUCUCCUCCUCUUUUUCCUCCACCUCUUCCUUGUCAUCUUGCUCCUCCUCCAACUCCUCUGCUGAACGUACUCACGCUCCUCAACACUUGCUUCCAACCCCCCCUCCUCCACCUCCACUCCCACCUCCUCUUCAAAUGUUAUCUGUUCAUCCCACACCUCAGCUACCUUCCCUUCCUCCCCCCCCACCUCUCCCACCUUCUCUUCAUCCUACCCCACAUCUCCAGCUGUCAUCUCCUCUCCAACCAUUAUCCCUUCAUCUCAGUCCUCUGACACCUUCUUCUCUUCUUUCUGACGCCCCUCGUUUGCCAUCUUCGCUUAUUCCUCUCCCUCCUCUUCCACCCUCAUCUCUUCCUCAUCUCCCACCUUCUCAUCCCCCACCUACCACUCCUCUGUCAGCUUCUCUUCCUCCUCCUCCACCCCCUCUUCCACCAUCUCCUUUUUCUCCUCUACCUUCCUCCCUUCCUCCUUCCCUCCCACAACCAUCAACCCCUCCACCUCUCCCACCUUCUUUGGUCUCUCGACCCCCUCCUCCUCCAUACUCCCAUGCAGUCAAGCGUUCCUCCCAUCACGCUACGCUGUUCUCCAUGUCUCCCGCUGUCACCCACCCACCCGCUGCCGGGUUGCACCUGCCAGCGGGCCUUGACAUGCCCCCAAAUCACGUUGCAAAAUGUUCGAAACUAGCGUCCUCCCCCGUUGUCACUGCGCAGGCUUUGCGGAGCGUCAAGCUUCGCUCCAUUACCAACCCUGAAGGACCACGCCCAAACAGUAUUCUCGCCGAUGCCAAACUUUCAGACACUCCUUGGUUAGACGUUAAUUCAAAACUACAACAACCUGUAAUAUUGCCAAGUUGUGCGGUGGUGUCCAGAGAUGAGUCCAUUUAUUUUCAAAACCACACUGUGAACAAAGAUGAUCAAUUCCCAAAAGGCCAUUCCGAGAAUUCUCGUGUUCACGGCGGAUUGAUGACAAAUCAGAGUCAUGAGUCUUCCGGGCUGAAAAUGUCAGAUGUUCCUUCCGGGAAACAGCAGAGCCAUAACCAAGUGUUAUCGGAAGCAGAGUUAACUGUGUCGCCAGACGGGCCGCAACACGACAACCAUCAGGUCAUUCGUGAUUUAAUGUGCCAGCCAUGUGAGAGUGUAAGUUUGAGGAAGAAGUCUAUCUUUCCGAAGAAGCCCAAUCUUGGCAUUACGAGGGGAAUAGCAUCUCCAGAGGCCAAAGGCGAGCCAAACGACGAGCGUGGCAGGGCGUCGGUCACAUCUGAUGUUAGAAAUCCACAAUGCUUCCCGGAAGCCAAUGGUCCCACCCAAUGUGUCGUUGGACCCACAGAUAACAUGUUGCACGGUGACCCCUCAUCAAGCAAUAAGGGCUGCCGUUCAGAUGUUCUGCACUCCUUCAAUGGCACCGCCUCCGAACCGUGGCGUGCUUUUGAGACUUUGACACAUAGCACUUUAGCAGUCCAAAUUGGUGCUGGGACAUCACUCCAGCAAGAAGUGGACAGACAAUGUCACAGAAGCAUGAUGAGGUCACUGGGAGAGGAGGAAGAAGAAGAAGAAGAAGAAGACAAGGAGCAGAGAAAGACAACCAUGAGCAUCAAACAUGACAAAUCAAGAAAGAAGAGAAGAGCAGCGGGAAGGCGCCUGCUAAUGAUGUCAUCGAGCAGACUGUCUUCAUCAUCUUCAUCCUCAGAGGAAGAGGAUGAGUCAGAGAUAAGGGAGAGCAGUUUGUGUGCUCUCAUCGGUCCGAGAAGCUGCUCCCUCAGCAGUCUGCUGUCAAGUGACAAUCUGCAUGCGGCGGUAUCACUGGGUGACCUCCUUACAGAAGAGCCACAGGAUGAACAGGCGGAGGUCGCGGCCAGGAAGAUGGACGUCGCCCGGCGUUCCGAAGGUGGAUCGACGGGACGCCGAACGACCGAGGACCUCUUCACCGUCAUACACAGGUCAAAGCGGAAGAUGUUCGGACGAAGAGAUUCUUCCAGUCUGACGUCAGCUGAGCACCGAGCUCGACCAACAGCGCAAACCUUUGUCACCCUCAAAGAUAAAAGACGGUCGAAAAGUGAGAACUUCAAGAUGCUACUGCUGAGAAAGGGGAGCCGCUCGCAGUCGUCGUCCCGUCUAUCGGCCGCCGAGCGACUUCGCGUAGCUGCCUCUCCCGCUGCCUGCAUCCAAACCUCACGCUUGUGUACCGUUAACACUCAGCUGACUCUGGAUGUGUCACAAACGUACCCGAACAUGACCACGUCCUUGACCACGAGGCAAAGAGGUGCACACUUUGUUCCUUCCUCUCUUGCCACGCGACCUCGCCUGCACCCUGCACCCAGCCGCUCAGCGAGUCGGCGGUUACCUGCUCGCCACCGCCAUUUUUCUGGCCCAAUGACUGCAAUCCUUGAGAGGGAAGGAGAAGAGGAGUAAGAUGCACACUACUCACCAAUAAUUUGGGACAUUUGUUCUUUGCAUGAAAUCUCAGGAUGAACGUCUGUUAUUUAUCAUCUGGUUCUUCAAAGUUAAGAACACUUUUUAAUCAAAAAAUUGUUUGAAACAGCAAAGAGUUGGACAUAUGGUUUUCAAAAGUAGGUCAGAUUAGAUUGAGGUUUGUUGUGCAUUUUUGUUUCAUCCUGAAAUUUUGCCCGAAAACCAAAUUUCUUUUUAUGUAUCCCUAAAGUCUCAGAAGACUUGUAAUCAUGUCCCAUCUUUAUAGAUCUUUUUUCCCCCUCUUUCUUACAUCCACAUUGACAUGAGAUCAAUGUUUGAGCAACAUAGGUAAUAUAUAAAAAUGUCAUAUAAGCCUGUUCUAGUUUCAUUGUGUGUAAACAACUCUCCAGCGUUUAUCAUCUGCUGUACUAUAGUGCAGGUGCACAAACUGAACCAGGGUGGAACCUCUGGCCAUUGUAGUAUCAUGCUAAUAUAGUAUAGUAUUAAAAAGCAAUAAAUGAGUGAACGACAAGCAAUGUGGUGAAAGGUGAAGAAGGUGUGUAAAAAUAAACUGAGGAAAAAAAUUUGCUCAUGGGUUUUCCCUCACAAGAUGCGUGGUAACCACCAAUCACAACUGAAACAACUUGAAGCGUCUUUUUUUUUUUGAAGAAUUGUUGACUAUCUGCCAAACCGCUACUUGUUGUUGAGCAAGUUGAGUCUUCUGCCAUCAUGCUUGUGUUAAGUCUAGAAUGAAACCCAUUUAAUGAUU